CCCACCCACCCACAUACCCACAUACCCACAUACCCACCACCACCAUUACCUCCUCCACUUCUUUCUCCAUGGCAACAGAGGGCACCCCUGCGGCAUCCUUGUCCGCUGCGGCAGGCCAAGCCGGGCCGAGGAGGAGCAGACGGAGGACAACGGCAAGAGGAACAGCGACAGGGACGGCGGCGGGGGCGGGGUCGGCGACAGGGGUGGCGACGGGAACGGGAACGGGGACGAGGACGGGGACGGGAACGGGGACGGUGGCAGGUCGAAGCAAACAAACGGCGGCAGAUGGUGGUGUGACAGGUAAUGUGACUGUCUCUGGCGACGAGCUUCCGUUCACCGAAGCCAUUGUCUACGAGGACCCACAUUGGCUAGCUCACGACUCGCCAGGACCAAAGUACUCUCUGCCAUCGACGCUCUCUCCCCGUGGUCCUCUCAUUGGCUCGUCGGCUCGCCGUAGGAUGGCGGCAGAGAACGUCGGUCCCGGCCCGGGUGCCUACCUCCUGCCCUCACCGUUUGAUGCUCCGACGCCACGCAGUCUUCCUCGCGCACUCAUCCGCUCGGAUCUGCCACUCGUCGGGGAUGCAGUAGAGGGGGCUGAGAACGAGGAAGGUGGCCAUGUGUCACCGCUCGCUCCGCCGUAUGCUGAUGGGCCGCUCGCGCCGGGCUCGCUGGCCCAGACUCGUGGUCAUGGCGGAGCGAAUGCCGAGACUGCUGGCAGUACACGGCGUGGGGUGAGUGCAGUGCCGUCAGCCGUGGUCGGCCCAUCGUACGCGGCACCGACGGCGUCGUCGAAGAUUGCGCUCAACGAGACUGAGCGCAAGCGGGUGGAGAUGUCGCAAGAAGCGGCGCCGAACGCUGCUCUGCACGCCACUGUGGCCGGCAAGGGGGCAUCGGCCGCAGAGCCGGGCUCGGCGUCGGCGUCGGGCUCCCCUGAGGCCAGCACGACCGGCUCGCCGAUGCUGGCGGUUGACACGCCGCCGGCCAAGACCCGGCGGCGAAUGUUUGCCGCCCAUCGCAAGGCCAAGGAGCGGUCGCCGACCGAAUCUGUGGCAUCGCUGGCGUCGGCCGCGUCGUCGCUUGCGCCGUUUCUCUCGACCAAGCAGCGGUUUCAGGAAGAGUCGGCCAUCGAGCACCACUCGCCGGGGCCCAAGUACUUGCUACCAUCGGCGUUUGGACGCGGACAAGCUGCGGCUCUCUCGCCACAGCGGCGCCGGCAGCGGUCGCUUCCGCCAGCGCUCCGCAAGGCAACGACACCCAAGCAUCGGCCGGCACCGAUGGUCCCGCAGUCCGAAUACCCGGCGACGCCCGAGGCGGACGUUGACACAUCCAAGCCGGUCAAGGUCUUUGACGUGUACGCCUGCUGCCGCUACCCGCGCUACCCCGCUGCGACAACCGAGCCCAACGUCGUGACGUCGUACUGGGAGCGACGUGCAUCCCCUAUUGAGCCGCCGGCGCGAUCGGCUGCCGAGGCGGAGCGAGCGCGGCUGAUGCGUGAGGGUGUGCGGCGGCCGCGGGUACCAGAGCCGCCGACAGAGACGACGCCGUCGCCGCGGCGGCGGUCUCCACGGCGGCAGUCGCAUGCAGCAAAGGCAAGUGCAGCCCCAGGGUCACCGAGGCCACCGGCGAGCAAGUCGUCGCCGCGGGUGCCGAGGGUGACGACCAACACGGCACGGAGGCGGCGAAUGCGACGGCAGUCGUCGACGGCGCUGUAUGAGGACGACGGGUCGGAUGGCGACGUGUUUAUCACCAAGCUCUCGAUUUCGCGCAACCGCGAGCGGCGGUCGUCGGCCGGGUCACGGGUGUGAAGGACAGUGCGGCAGGUUGUGGAUGGGCGUGCGGCUUGGCAGCAGUCAGUUCGAGACAAUCGAGUAGCACUUGUCGCAGACGCGGACAGCCUCGGAGAAGCCGAGCGAGAGGAGGGGGAACUUGCGCGAGGAGCACGAGCCGCAGAAGAGACCACCGCAGCGGCGGCAGUGGUGGCGGCGGCGAACAAAAGUAAAGGGCGACUUGCAUGCCA